AUGUCACAAUUCAACAGAUACAGCGAAUACCAGCAAGCCCUCCGCCAAGUUGAGUCGCUGAGUCUUCGACUACCCCUCAAGAAGCUCCCCCUAAGGCCGAAUCUACCACUCCCAAUAGAGGUGCGAUGCAUCGUCUGGCGCUUCCUGCUACUCCAUCAGCACGUUCGCAGGCCGCCAUAUGGCGAACUUCCCCUUUCUCAGCGAAACUGGGAGUCCGACUACUUUGAACGGCAAUUCAGCAAAGCGCACACCUUCAAAUUCCACACGUCAAUCCUUGGAGUAAACAAGCUGAUCCACAAGGAAUGCGUGGACGUCUUGAGGGAAAACCAGUUCGUCUGCAUCACGCAGCAGACGCCCUUCGACACCGGCAAGCGCCACGAUUGGCAUAUCCCCAUCGUUUCCGAGUCGCCCAGGCAUCUCUGGGGUUUGAAAUACUGGGCCAUGUCAAUCUCUAUCCGAGAGUCGGAUGGCAUGUAUCCCGAUUCAGAUCCCAGCCAGGGGUCAGAAUUCUGCGUGGUUGCGGACGACUUGCCCCUCGUUUGUGAUAUGAUGCAGCACGGCUUCUAUUCGUGUCCCUUCUCCUCGUCGGUGCUGGUCAGUACGGAAGACGUUGAGCACACGCCAGCCACGGUCUUGCGGAUCGAAGCAUUCAAGCAACAAAACGCCUACUUUGACACCGACAUUCUGAUCGCCGACUAUGCCAGCGUCGAGAAGAAUGAGCUGCGACGCUCGAAUUUGCUGCAGCCUCUGCUCAACAUGAAGCAUCCCGGACAGCGCGUGACUAUCCAUGGAGUGCCUAGUGGUUUCCUCGCAGCCGAAAAGUUCGCAGAGGAGAUCGAUGAGUUAAAAAGACUAAUGGGCCCGCAACCCGUCUGGCUCAACGCACUGGUCUGGGACGUGCUCACACCCGUGCGCAACUAUAUCGACCAAGGCAAUGCGUACGUCGCCAGCGGCGAACUCGAAUUGGCCGCUCAACAAUUCUGCCAUGCUCGCGAGCUGGGACCGCAAGAUCUGUUCAACUGGUGUCCUGAAUUCGCCUACAAUACGAAAGCAGGUCUUCCGCUCGUACUGCUGUGGUAUGAGACGAUGGAAGCCGCACUCACCGAAGCCGCUCUCCUCAUGAAACUCGGCGGCGACUCACCGGAGAAUCUCCCAGGCGUGGCGCAGUUCUUGGAUGCCUCGACAGAGUUCUACAAUGAGACUAUCCUGCCGACGGGAAUCCUACAAGACCUGGUCAAAUUUACCCAGACGGCUUCGCACAUCCCCGAGCCAGCGAUUAUCGCUCGCGCGGUAGUCUGCGAGACAAUCAUGAAACUCUUCGAAACCGACGACGUAGAUGAAGACUGGGUCGACGACUCCUAUGAGAUUUUCCGCGAACACAGACCUGUCCUCAGAGGAGAUCAGCAUUUCGAAAUGGAUGAUGAUUUCCAUCGGACUAAACGCCAUGCCCUCUGGGCUCUCGGAUUUCUAAUGGGAGCGGAUUACGAAGGCCACAUCAGUGCGUCUUGCUUGCCUGUUCCGCUUGCCGGUACGCUGAGGGGAGAGCAAUUCGAUGUGCCGCCUGAUACUUACGGUUUUGUGGAUUUGGGAUCGGAUGCACCGGCUGAGACGGAGGAGGCGGAUGCUGGUGGAUCGGAGGAGGAAGAUGGUGGAGAUGAGGGGGCGGCUUGA